CACGACCAGUGCGACCCUGAGGAGAGCUGCUUAUUCUUGACCUGGGCCCCCAGAAAUCAAGUAUCAUGGCCUCCGAGGAACAAGAUGCGCUGGACGCUCUCGAGCGGGAAGCGUCCGAUUUUGACAAGGAUGCAGAGAUUGAUCGGAUUAGGAAAGCUUUUGUCUUGGACGCAUACGCCGUCCUCGACCUACAGCCGGGAGUCACAGAGAAGGAUAUCAAAAUGUGCUAUCGCAAAAAGUCCCUUUUGAUUCACCCGGAUAAGACCAAAAACCCGGCCGCCCCCGAUGCCUUUGAUCGUCUCCAGAAAGCGCACUCCGCACUCAUGGACGAGAAGAAGCGCGAAUACCUCGACGAAUGCAUUGCGGAUGCGCGACGACUGUUGAUCCGCGAACACAAGUACACCCUCGACUCCCCGGAGCUGAAGACGGAAGAGUUCAAGAAAGAAUGGCGUCAGAUGACGGUCACGGUGCUCUUGGAAGAAGAGGCGCGGCGGCGCAGGCAGGCCAAGGCCAAGCUGCAAGAGGAAGGACGCGAACGGCGCAAGGAAGAGGAAGAAUUGGAGGCACGGAAACGAAAACGCGACCAGGACAAAGCCUGGGAGGAUACUCGCGACGAACGGAUUGGCAGCUGGCGCGACUUCCAGAAGGGACAUAAGAAGGAUGGGGACAAAAAGAAGAAGAAGAAAAUGAAAGUGCUGGGAUGAACAUGCCCCACCACGAAGCCGGAUAUUCAGCAAGCACCGGCGAUUGACUCUCUGGAGGUUGAGAGCUUCAAUUAUGGGGACGAUAGUAUUAAUGAAACCUAUAUACCAUAGUGUUUGCCUUCAGUGUUUGUGCUGUGGGGCUUUUUGUCAACCACUGUACGGAGAUACGUUCAGUGACUCUAGAUAAAAUCCACUCAGCAGAGGCACCGCCACCAGGGUGAGGCAGAGCAUGUAUUCAUCUG